AUGAAAAUCCAAGAAGCCAUCAUAGGAUGGGCAUAUUCCGCCUUCUGUAUGAUUUCACACACUGAGGCUUUCUCUCAUGGUGCAAGCCUUGUGGCUUGUGUUGAUAUGAAGCCCAGACACAUCAGGGCCCAACUUCAGAAUCCAAGGAGCAGUUACAUUACCAUCUAUACCAAUGUGUCCUCUUACUCCCCUGGUGACAAAAUACCAGUGACCGUGAGGAGCCGUGGGGACUUCAUGGGAUUCCUUCUCCAGGCUCGCAGAGUUUCUGAUGACCAAAUUGCUGGCACCUUCGUUUCCAUCCCUUCCGGGUCCAAAUUGAUGUCCUGCUUUGAAGGAGCCAAUACAGUGACCCACUUGGACAAAUCCCCAAAGAGAAAUCUGUCCUUUGUGUGGAAGGCACCACAGCAACCCACUGGGGACAUCAAGUUCUUUUUAUCAGUAGUCCAGUCAUAUUUCAUUUACUGGGAAAGGAUUGAAUCAACCAUCGUGUCUCAGCAGACACAAAACAGAACACUUUCUGAUGGCAACGUGGAGCCAGCUGCAAGCCUGCGAAAACCAAAUGGCCUAGAAGUCACAACCACAGUUCCUAGUAUCCCUCUUGCCCAGCACACCCAGCCAGUGGCAUUUGCUGUUGUCAGCCUGGCUGGUACCUCCGUGACAGACAGCUUGGAGCCUGCUCUCGUGACCACGGAGACUCCUGGACAUGAGGAGCAUCUUCUGAAUCCCUCUCCUCUUGGUGACAUGGCGGCAGGAGCCAGCGGCAGUGACCGGAGAAGGCAGUUUGACCAGUAUGGCCCCCACCCGGGCAGGGACCAGACUUCAGAGCCAUCCCUGGCUGUCCCAGUAUUGGAGAACUUCCCAUUCCAGGAUGACGGCUCCAGUCACAACCCACCCAAUCGGUAUUGGGCUACCACAAAGUGGGGCAGCAAAGCAGGCCUUGAGCCAAAGGAAAUAAAAUGGGCUCUCAUAGGAUUUGAAACUGGAAGGAACCAUAGAAAUAGAGUUUGGACUCGAGGGGACUCCGAUUCGGGCCCUGCGCAGCCCUGCUUGCACUGCGAGGAAGGGCGGCAGGCCCGGGAAAAUGUCGGGGGAAGCUUCCAGGGCUGGGACGGCGAGCUGACUGGCCCGUUUGCCUUUACCUUUCUCUUCCUUGCCGGUUUGCUGCUGAAGGAGAGGCCCGAGGCUUUCAGGCUGUCUCAGACCGGGCCUCCCGCAGCAUCCUUGACCGCUCAUCUCUCCUCCUCUCGGCCCGUUAUGGGCGCCCCAGCGGAGGCUCGGCACGGUGGGGUGCCCCCCAACUCCAGCGUGAACGCUAAAGCCUCUGCGGCCUUGAAGCGGUCGGCGCUGAGGCUCUCUGGGCUUCCCCAGGCCAAGUCCGAGCCCCACGGUGGGGCUGGAGAGGACAGCACUGGGCCGGCCCGGCCGGCAGAGGCAGGGCUGGAGCCUGGAGGCCCCGUCUCCCCUCCGGGGCCCGGCCUGCUGAGCGCCCAGCUGGGCGCCCUGCUUUGCCUUUCGGCCACCCUCGGGAUGGCCCUGGCCGCCGGCCUGCGGCGCCUCCGGGCCCAGUGCUGCCGCCGAGGGACCCAGGUGUCCUUGCGGGAGCCCGACAUCCCUGCGGAGAGAGACGGCGGAGAGACGAUACGCUUCCAGAAGAUCCGGGAGAACAGCGUCGUGUUAGUUCAAGCCGAGUACAACUGGAUCGCCCCCAACGGGGGAGCUCAGAGAGCCGCCGUCUGAACACCCAGCCCCGGGGGGAUUCCUCCCUCUCAACCCCGGAGGGUUUAUUAGUUCUAGCCCCGCUCCCCAAAUGAGGCCCAAUCAGCGCAGGGAACCGUAGGCAACGUUCUUGAGCAAGGGUUGGUACAGAGAAAUGGUUGCCACGUGGAAUAAGUGGGAUUAGCUUUAUUAACAGAGGGACUUCUUUCAGAUACUUGUUUUCUUAACCUCUGUAAUUUAGCUUCCCCCCUCCCCUUUCUGCAAUUAGAUGGUUCUGUUUGAAGAAUUAAACCUAACACAAUGAAUAUUGUAUAACCUGCUCAUUAACUAGACUCCUGUGGCCACCGAGCUUCCUGUUACCGUAAGGACCCAGCAGCAACAGAAAUGUCCCUCUUCAUUGUGUCACAGUCUUUUCUUAUUGCUCUUCAAAAUCAAAGGGGAGAUGGGGGGUUCUGGGGCCAUCUGUCUCUCAGGAAAAAGGGAGCUGACCUCUGAACUACGGCCUUAGCUUUUUUCUGAUAAUCCAACCCUUGCCCCACCACAAACACCCAAAGAGUAUUGUUUUUUUCUUAAUGGUGUAGCUGGAUAGGGGAAGGCAAGGACACGUGAUCUUCUCUUUGCAAACACAAAGGCCUGGGGAGGCAGCCUCGGCCAUCUGAACACAACACACUUGGGGUCAUUCGUGGUCCUGUUAGGGGAUGAAUGAGAGCCUUCAG